AUAAACAUAUAUACACUACCCUUAAAGUAUGUGAUGGAUAGGGGGCAGAUAACGGCAUGGUGUCUGACAGCUAGGGAGGCGAUACCUGUAACUGAGCCAGAGCUCUCUGGUAAUGCGCAGCUGCGCUUCGAACAAGAAUGAAGUUCAGUAAGCGGAAGGUUUGGUUAUUUGUUUCGUGUAUUGUAUACCGCCCCAGAAGAACAAGAAACAUUUCAUUUUCUGUCAUACACACUGCUUGAAGGAGGAAGCAUGUGUUUGUCGAUACGCACUGCUUGAAGGAGUGAGCAUGUGUUUGUCGAUACGCACUGCUUGAAGGAGGAAGCAUGUGUUUGUCGAUACGCACUGCUUGAAGGAAUGAGCAUGUGUUUGUCGAUACGCACUGCUUGAAGGAGUGAACAUGUGUUUGUCGAUACAUAUAAUGCUUGAAGGAGGAAACAUGUGUUUGAAUCAACGGUCGGUGAAACAUUUGUAUGAUUUUUGAAAUGUAGUUUUCAAUAGACUUUGUGACAAAAUGAGUUCGAGGAGUGAAUACAACUUUUUUACAUUCAAUAACAUACAUAUAUUAAUAAACUUCAAUAUACUACUGAGUGAGAAAAUGUAUAUAUAAACAUAGAGUAUCAUUUCCCCAUAGUCGAUUAAUUCGAACAGCUUUCAUAGCUUUGAUAUUUGAACUUGCAUUGUUUCAGUUUGUUUUGAAAAUUUUACUCCAGAUUUUAGAGUAAAUGAUUAUAAGACAUCUUUUACUAUACUUUACUAUACAAUAGACGCAAAUAACUGAAUAUACAUGUACGUCAUUUCAGAGCUAACUAAUGCGAAUUAAAUGUUUGUUUAUUUGGAUCCUUAAUAUGGUUAAGAGACCAAAUCAACGUUACACUGUAUGUUGAGUGUGAAAUCUAAUUUUAAUUGUUGUUUGAGUGUAUUUACAUGUCGACAUAAUAUUCCUAUGGAAAACUUCAAAAUAAGAUAACAAAGCUACACUAAACAAUGAAAAUAAUGUUGACAUCCCCUAUACGACCGUUACUGAAAGAAAGGAGCUUUUUUUAAACUUUAAAAAAUAUAUAUACAAACCACUAAAAUGACCAACGACACGAACAACCAGAUUGUCAAAUUUUCGGGACGACCUGUCCCUUCUUCAGGACAAACGAAAAGAAUUACAUAAUGUGACCAAUAUUAACAGAAAAUGAUAACAAAACAACAAAAUAUAUAAAGUAAAAAUUUUAAAAAAAACCCGACUCUAAACACUUUCUAAAAAUAUUUCGACCGUGUUACCGUCUUCUUCAGAUCUUCAGUCAAACACGACUGACGAAGACCGGUAACACGGUCAAAAUAUUUCUAGAACGUGUUGAUAUACAUUAAGUGAGGUGUUUAUUAGUGAUUUUGAAUUUCAUAAAGUGGUUCGCUUCAUCAAAAGACGUACACGUCAUCGUGUUAUUUGUUUAUUGUAUUUACUUAUUUAUUCUCGGUAUAAUAGAAAUGGUGAUCUUAUUACAAAUUAUUCUUUUUUAUAUUUCGAUAUAUCACACAAGGCAUGAUAUCAUGUGAUCUAAAUUCCUUUCAUUAAUAAUCUCGUGAUAAAAUCUUGUUUUGGCGUUUGUCAUGCAAAAAAAAAAAAAAAAAAAAAAAAAAAAAAAACUAACAAAAAACAAAAACUUGAACUUCAAAAGCACUUGUAUGCAAGUUCUACUUAAUGUUGAUAAUCAAAAAGCAAUACUGUUUGAAUAUUAAGAUUUAUUUCAACCUAUUGACGAAUUUCCUUUUGAUGAAUUUGAGUAUCAGAUAUGUGUCAAAUAAUGACAGGUUAGAAAAUACGAGUUGACACACCCCUUUGCAAACUAUUGCAACACUUUUUGAGAGUCGGUGACUCGGACAAUCACAACAGUAAUACGAACCAGAAAUUUAAUCAGUGCGUAAUUCAUUUGCAUAAUUAAACCGAGUCAAUUGCCUUGGGUUUGACGUGCAUGUAAAACUGUUGAACAGAAAAACAUUUAACCAUGACCAGCAUCAUUAAAUGUGUUUACCAAAUCUAUUAGAUUUUUUUAUCACACGAUAAAUUGGAAAAUAAAUAUCUAAUUUUGGAUAGUUUUUUUUAUGUAUUUGAUUAUCAAAAGUUGUUCUACUAUAUUUAAAUAUCCUUCGAACAACCCCACGGGUGAUUUUAUUACCGAACACACGGCUGCAUUACCAUAAAAGAGAAUGCAGCGCAUAAUGUUGCUAACCUAAAUGUAUAAAAUGCUGGUACAAUCUAAGUUUAUACCUAUCUCUUUAAAUUAUCAAACAAUCGGCAGGAGUUCAGUGUGGUUGAUUGGUUAUGAAAAGAUCGAAAUCGCUUGACCUUGGCCUUUCUUGCAAUUUUGAUCGUCUACCCCUUUUGUGCUGUAAUCCGUGGUGGGUAUAAUGAUACUAUGCUUUGGAUGACAUUACAUAUGAACCUUUUGUUACUUUAUCUUCCCUCUAUUGAACAAAACCGAGUAGAAAUUCCAACAAAAAUAUUUAUUUGAAGCUUAUAUUAAAAACUUUAACGAACUCCUGCUGUCUUAGCGAUGACGAACAAUUAACUAAAAACUGAAACCGACCAGGAGGUCGCCGUAAGAAGUGAAGGAAGGGGAAGGCUGUCUUAGGGCAAAGCUUUUUAUCUAGUAUUAAGACUGCUGGUGUCCAAGGAUUAAAACUUUACCUAUCAAUUGUAACCAGACUUAAAUACCAAAGUAUGCUACCCCACACGGAUUGAAGGGAAAAACGGUCGGGGCCCCUUAGCAGUACAUUAUGUUGAAAUUUUUAUUUGUGGACUAGCAUACCCAGGAAGCGGAGUUCGAUUAAUUCUAGACCCCCGACAAUACCCAAAUCAAAUGUGCAAACCCAAAGCAAACAGUCUGAUGUGGUUUUAAUUGAUCUUUUGGGGAACUUUUUAUAUAUGCACAAGAUGCCACCCGCAAAGAUGGGAAUCAUAGUGGCACAGAAUGGUCUUGGAAUCGUUGGGACUUAUUUUCAGUGAAAAUGAGGGAAUCUCACAGGCGGAAGCCCAGCCUCCCGGCUCUUGCUCCCAGCAUACCGCCUGUUUUUGUAAAUGGACCGGCUGUGCUUAAAUCUGCUUCCUCUCCCAAUCAGGAGAGUACGACGAAAUUUCAAGGACAUUAUGAAACAGAAUUUAUCAUGGCAAACAUGGAUCAGGGUUGGGCAGCCAAAUUGCUUAACCCAGACAAAGACAAGGAAAAUCUGUCUCGCGUCUGCUGGAUGUUGAAUGACGUUGGCACUCAUUCCCUACGAUCGGUCUUCGACAGUAUUCACCCACCUCUGAACUUAAAGGAUCACCUAUCUCAGCCUCACAUUCGCACUGUUCUCCAACGGCUUCACGAGCAAGGCGUCCUGGACGAUAAACAAUGGAAACUUCUUUAUCCGACCAAGAAGAAACACACGACCUCGCAGCAGUAUGACAGUCGAACACUCGUGACUCUGCUGCAGACUAUCUGUCACCUUUGCCCUCCAUACCCGAACGGAUGGUCAGCUGCUCCACUCUCUGCAGAUAGCAGCCUUAGUGCUGAUAUUGUGCGAUUGCAACUUAUGUUCCAGCAUGUUGCUGAAAUGAAAACCAUUUCUAUUGAGGAAUAUACUUCAAUCUGGAAACAGAUCAGGGAGGUAUUACUCCGACUUGGCGGGCCUCCUAUCAGAGUGAGACUACAUCGCAUCGAAAACGAGGUUCUUGAUGCCGAAAUGCAGACUCACUAUAUUAACAAAGUGCAGGAAAACUGGAGCUCCAAUCACAAACGCUUGGUCUUUACCCCCAAAUCCUCCGGCUCAAGAAACUCGAAAGGGAAGACAAAACGCAAGAAUAACACAGAACAUGAAGGUAUUCCCCCGGAGGACAAGGCAGUCCUAAUGAAGACAUACAAACUCUUUGUGGACAACAUCCAAGCAGAAGACAUCAUCGAUCGUCUGCAACAAAAUCAAGUCAUUAAAUUUAGCGAUAGACAGGAAAUAUUUGCCCUCAACAAAAGAUACGAAAGGAUGCAGCUCCUCCUUGACAAGAUAUUGCAUUCGAAACUCUCCUACGCAUUCAAGGCUUUGACUGAUUCCAUCAAAUUUAAGUACAAGAAAAUUCACGAAACUGUGGUGCAGAUACGCAAAGAAACGUACAAACACGGGAUUCGUGAGACAGUUGACGUAGUGGGUGUUGCAACAACUGCGCUGACCAACUUCUACAAGAACAACUACAGCAAGUGUUCGCCAUUCCCAUGGAACGAUGGUGUUACAUGCAACAUUCGCGAUAUGUACACACCUCUUGACAUCAUGGAUUCAGAUGGAAAACGACUGCACUUGAGUGACUUUCUUCCACCUGUGACUUCGAUGGGUAAAGGUAAACGAAUUCUUCUUGAGGGACCAAGUGGAAGUGGUAAAACCAUUCUUAGUCAUAUGGUGUCAUAUAUGUGGGCAACACAGAGAAGCUACUUUAAAAACAAAUACGCAGUUCUUCUCCAUGUCGAUCUGAAGAAGGUAAACGGGGAUUUUCAGGAGGAGGUACAUCGAAAUCUCUUGCCUGGUGAUUUCAAACUGAAUUCAUCGGAGUUUUUUUCCAUGCUAGAGGCAAACUCAGGCGAAGUACUAAUGAUUUUGGAUGGUUACGAUGGUAAAAUGAACCAGAGAGAUUUAGAAGAAAUACUUACAGGUACUCGUCUACGUCAAGCUAGUAUCAUUGUCAUGAUGAAUCCUGAGAUCGUUUCAUCACCAGGAUUCGUUCCAGAUUCUCGACUGUUUUCGUUAGGAUAUAGUUUAAACAGUGUUAGCAGAUGCAUGAAAACAUAUCUGUAUCACUACAAAUUCAAUCCAGAGAAUCAUCAGAGACUGUUUGAUACCGUAACGGAUGAAAAUUGGCAAUUCAGACCAUAUAUCACCAAACCAAUUUGCUGUUUACUGAUCUUCGCUAUAUACCAGUCCUCGAAAAACGCCAAAAUCGCCGACAUUUCAGGAUUAACUUCCCUUAUGGAAGCAUACGGUUUUGCGAUGGCCACGCAGUUCUGCAAAAGACAAAAACUUGACAUAAUUGGUUUGGAAUUCCCAGAGGAGGUGGUGAAGGCAAUUGAUCAACUGAGUACAUUUGCAUUCAGAACAUUGAAUGACGAGGAAUAUGUGUUUACAGAGGAGGGUAUACUUAACGACACUCAAAAUGCGAUUGUCUUCAAAUUGGGUGCGUUUUUUAAACUCACACCGGUGUCCAAAUGGGUAUUUACUUGUAGCCUAAUGCACGAUUUUCUGGCAGCAAGACAUUUGUCUGAUUAUGUUCUAGAGGAGAUGAUAAGUAUCAUCAAGGAUCAUCGCCUGAUGAAACAGUCACGGAACAACCAGUUAGUGAUGUUUACAUGCGGCUUGUACAGAAACGACCACGACACUUUGGUCAUCCGUCAGCUUUUCUCAGAAAUGGCGAUCCAGAACAUCCGCAACACAAGAGUUGAGACUGAGGAUUCAAGCAUCUCGGAAGACGAGUUGAGACCGGUGCGACCUCCAAGUGGAAGGUUCCAGGAUUUUUCCCAGAGUCUGUUGAGUCUGGCGGAAGCUAAGUUUCGGGAGGAUGCCCUUGAGGCUGUUGCUCAGUCGUUCCCACCUCGAACCGUUAUCAAACGCGAUGGACUACUGUCGUACAAAAGCCUUCUUUCUCUUCCGCAAAUCAUGCUUCACGACACAAACCGUAUUACGCAUUUAGAAAUUUAUCUCAUCCCCGUUUUUAUAUGUCAAAUUCAACUCUACACUGACUUCGCAGAAAGUAUUUCCAAAAGCGAGGUCCUAUCCCACUUAAAACUGGUGUGGAGUUCAAUGGAUGUGUUAGCUAGAUUUCUAGAUGCAUUUAUGAAAACGACGAAAUCUAUAGAAUCGGUUACACUACAAGAUGCGUGCAAAAAACCAAUAAAACAAGUGUCUGCUGCAACAUGGGCAACACUGCAGAAUGCUUGUCAAAAUAUGAUAAAAUGCCAGAAAUUUGCAUUCCUACACGGCAAAGUGGCAGCUAUUUCUUAUUUUGUUUUGCAACAUCUUCCAGACACCAUCCAGGAAUUGGAUAUCUCGGGUUGUGUGCUAAAUAUGAUGUGCGCCUCCGAAGUAAGUGCGAAAGUCGAACACGCUGCCUCACUGGAGGUUUUAGACAUUAGCCAGACAAGUUUAUUUGGAUCGGAAUUUGUAGCUGUGCUGCAAGGACUGAAACUUAGCAACACGAUGAAAAUUCUGAAACUCAAAGGUGCAAAGCUAGACCGCGUUGGUGUCAUCACUUUAGCAGAGUGUCUGAAAUUAACACGAACUCUUCAGGUUUUAGAUCUCAGUUACUGUGAACUCAACACUGACAUGUGCAAAACGCUUACGGACGCAAUCGCAGAAAAUCGCAGUCUUCGAAAACUGGUGCUCAAAAACACGAAAGUGACAAUAGAAGGGAGACAAGCAAUAAUUGAUCCAAGGCUGGACCAACUAGUAGUUGUCGGACUUGAUGAUGUGGUCUACGGACUGCAUACCAUGAAUGUCGCAUAGAAUGAUAUCUAAUAUAGAAAAUGGGUGAUAUAUCAAUUCCAUUUGAGGAACUAAAACAGUUUUUUUUUCCAGAUAAUAUGUAGUUUAUGAAAAACUUAUAUGUAAUGAAGGUAUAGGAGAUAGUCAUAAAAUUAUACUCAAGAUAUAAACGAGAGAAAAUAUUGUGAUGUACGUGUCCGCAUUUACACACACUGCAUUUCGUUUUCAGUGAUCUAGUUCCUAAGAAUUCUACAUGAUAAAGUGUAGAAAGAGCAGCCUGUGAUACUAAGUAGUUUAUUUUAUUUAAUAGCAAAGUAUAUGUAUACGUGUAUAUGAUUUUAUAAAUUAUGAAGUAUAUGAAUUUAUAAAAUAUGAAAAAUACCACAAA